AGUUAGCCUUUCGGCGGUUCUUAGUCCCGCCUGUCCUUUUUCCCCAACCAGCCCUCUUCAGUGGCUACCGUCCAUUUCCUCUUUCCCUGUAACGCCUGCAGACCAACCGUCUAACUUACAGACAUGGCUGACCAACUAACAGAAGAACAGAUUGCUGAAUUCAAGGAAGCCUUCUCCCUAUUUGAUAAAGAUGGGGAUGGUACCAUCACCACAAAGGAACUGGGGACAGUGAUGAGGUCACUGGGACAAAACCCCACUGAGGCUGAGCUACAGGACAUGAUUAAUGAGGUGGAUGCUGAUGGUAACGGCACCAUUGACUUCCCCGAGUUCCUGACCAUGAUGGCAAGAAAAAUGAAGGACACUGACAGUGAGGAGGAGAUCAGGGAGGCAUUCAGAGUUUUUGAUAAGGAUGGCAAUGGGUACAUCAGUGCGGCAGAGCUGCGUCACGUGAUGACAAACUUAGGAGAGAAGCUGACUGAUGAGGAGGUGGAUGAGAUGAUCAGAGAAGCGGACAUAGAUGGAGAUGGACAAGUCAAUUAUGAAGAGUUUGUUCAGAUGAUGACUGCCAAAUGAACUGGGCUCACAGUAACGACAAAGAAUCAGUCAAUUGUUUCACUUACCUCUUAUCGCAAAAAUCUACAUUUAAUCAUACUGUUAUGUAUAGACAAUUUAAACUGAAUGUUGGAAAACUGAAAAUCUGUCCAUAUUAACAAGUUCAAAAAAGGUAAAAGAUACAAAGAAAAAUCAAAUUCUGCAUGUUCUGGCUUGUAUUCCCCCCCGCCGCCAGCGCUGAGUUGCCCGAUCAGAUCUCAACUUGUUAAACAAGAAGCUUCUGUGCAGCCGGCUGGUUUCGGCCACCGCCGCUCUGCUUCCUGGUUCCAUCUGCCUGAUGUCAUGACGAUUAUUUGGGCUGGCCAAUUGCCUUUUGUUCUACUUCCCGUUUUGUUUUUCUGUUCUUCAUGCAUGCAGCGUUACAUGGGUUACCUUUGUGAACCCAGAGACAGAAGGCUGUAGUUGGGCCUGAGGUUGACCUUUGACCCACGGAGAAGGGAAAAGGUGAGGAGGAGAGGGGAGUGAGUGAACCAGCAGGACAUUUGCAGGUUGCUCACCCGAAUAAAGUUAUUGAUGACAGAUAUUUUUAAGAAAAAUAUGAAAAUUGAAUAAACAAGUCAUUUUAGAUUUUGUGUUUAUGGCAUGUCAGUUUACUCAAUUUAUCCUUUGUGUGUUGACCUUUUUUGAGGGGGAGGCUAGGGUGGAGACUUGGGACCCCUCCUGGGCUGCUGUCACCCAGCUGUUGAAGGGAGGGACAUGGUUGGGGUUUUAAAGAUGAUCAUAUACUGGACAGUUUGUGAGGCAAUGCCAGGCUCUAAAAACCAACUCUUUGACCACUUCAAAGUAUUUCUUUAGGACGUUUGUGAAAGACUGACCGCUACUGAACGGGUUCUUUCUGCGUUGCCUCAAAGGCUGUGCCUGUAUGACUCUGGGGGGGGGGGGGUGGUUCAAUAUAGUGGGGGACAGGGUCGUUGCUUUGCAGCAUUUCUUUGUGUUUGUGUGAGUCGGCGUGUGUGCAGCGAGGCCUGGCCCGGUCCAGCUGUUCAGUUGAUCUGCAUUCCAAGUUGUACAUGCUAGUCUUUACAUUUUGUUUUUCCAAUAAAACUAUCAUUAACUAAAAA